CCCAUCACUUUAUUGACUCGGGACUUUCCAUUUAAUUCCAGGCUAGACCAUUGUUCUAUUCAUUUCAGCCCGAUACUUUCUCCGAAUAGAUCCCUUCCUCAUUUACUACACUGUUAAAUCGUUGCGUUCGUCGGAUCCAGACUAGUUUUGAUUUGAGAGAACUUGGACGCGGAGAGUAUGGAGGAGCAACAGCAACGUGAUGAUGCGCUCCUGGAGCGCACAGGGAGCCAGGACGUGAUCCUACCAAUGACAGCUACAAGAGGGGCUUCUAACAGCCGUCCGUUGAAGAUAGCAGGGUUCACAGUGUUGGCCUGUCUUCUCCUGGCCGGCCAGGCCUUCACUGCCUACAUGGUCUUCAACCAGAGGGGCCAGAUCCACGACAUGGAGAAGACCAAUGAUAACAUGCGCAAGCAGCUGAGAAACAGACCUCCAGCAGUAGCCCCUGUCCAGAUGCACAUGCCCAUGCUCAACAUGCCCCGGCUGAUAGACUUCACUGAUGAGGACACCAAGACAGAAAAGACUCCCAUGACGAAAUUGGAGGCCACUGCCAUUGUGAGCCUAGAGAAGCAGGUGAAGGACCUGCUGCAGAGCCCCCAGCUGCCCCAGUUCAACGAGACGUUCCUGGCCAACCUACAGAGCCUGAAGAGACAGAUGGAGGAGGCCGAGUGGAAGGGUUUUGAGACUUGGGCACGUAAUUGGCUGCUCUUCCAGAUGGCCCAGGAGAAGCCCCCUGCACCCACCACACCUCAGCCUGCCGCUGGCCUGCAGACCAAGUGUAACUUGGAGAAGUCGUUCCACGACCGUAAGCUUGGUGCCUACCUCCCUCAGUGUGACGAGCAGGGCAACUACCUGCCCAUGCAGUGCUGGCACGCCACUGGUUUCUGCUGGUGUGUGGACAAGAAUGGCAAAGUCAUCCAGGGCACCAGCAUACGUGGCAGAGCCACCUGUGACAGAGUCCCCAGUCGGAUGGCAGCUUUCCCCAGGAUGAUGCAGCUGAAGGAGUACAAGGAUGAGUAAAACCACAGCUCCACCAGGGCACCAGCUGGCCUGCUCUCCUCGUCUCACUGCCAGAUCGAAUUUUUUUUUUGUUUUUUUACUUCUAAUGACUAUUUCACUCUUCCGCUAUCAUGAUAAAGGUCAAUUAUAUGGGAUACAACACAAUGAAAUACUCUCUUUUGAUUUAUGGAUAAUAGUUUUCUUUGGACAGUAUAAAUGCUGUGAACAAUAUUAACAGCAUUUUUUUGCUUCUGAACUCAACACAGCUAUGUAAAGCAUUUGAGAUAUAAAUACAAGAUGUGUGUUACAUUUUAAACCAUGCACAACACCCAGACUUUUCCAUCCCCAAACCCUGACCCAAACUCCUGUCAACUUUGACCCCUAGUCCCAUAACCUGGCCCUCCAAUCAUAUCCAGCUGAUGGAGGCUAGCCCCACCCCGUUUCCCUAUUCUGUCUCUCCACACAUAGACUGCCAUAGGGCUUAUUUGAUCAGCUUCUGUCUAGAGUUUCUAACAUAGAUGUAAUGUUUUAAACCUCUAUAACCCUGUCUUUGAAGCAUGCUUUGACUUUUAUGAAUGUAGGGAAAGGUAAACCGAUAAAAAUUAAUAAAGUGCUAUUUCCUACUAAAA